AUGGAACGUUUUAGGGAUCGCAAAAUGGUCUAUACUGAGAUGUCCGGGCUGAUAUACUCCAUGUGUGCAUUGGCUGCUCCAUUCUAUUGUGCGAAAGUGAUGACUGCUAAGGAAGAUGGCUCUAACUCUAGUGUGCCAUUCUUCAAUGCUGGGAAAGGCUGGGCAGAGGCCGCGAUGCAAUGCAUGUUCUCGAGCUUUGGUAGUCCGGGGAUUGAGUGCCUCAUGACUGGGGUGCUUCUUCAUGAUUAUUAUUUGCGAGUCGGCGAUUAUGCCAAGGGUUUUCUCGUCUCAGGCUUUAUUGCUAGACAAGUUCAACUCUUGCAGCUUAAUAUGGAGUACGAUGAGGAUAUUCUGUGUCAGAAGAAUAAGAUGUCAUGGGCCGCAAAGGAAACCAGAAGACGCGUUGUGUGGGCGUGUUAUCUGCUCGAUGCAUCUAUCGAGUGCGGCAUUGACCAACUCUGUCUUAUUCCCUCUUAUGACGUUCAAGUGCAGAUGCCCUGUUCGGAAGAUCUCUUUGUGCGUAACACCCCGUGCAUUACAGAGACAUUGGUCAGAGGCGAAGUACUUCCUUUUGUUGAUCCUCCCCGGAUAGAUCCAGCGGUUAAUCUUGAUAUUCGCGCAUUUUACAUUAGAGCAAUGGUUACUCGCUCGAAGAUCUUGAAAUACGUCAAGCAUCUAGAGGGAGAAGUUCCCUGGGAAAUCACCGAAAACGCACGGUUUCACAAGCUCGACUCUGAAAUCAAAGAGCUUGAUGCUUCCAUCCCGGACAACUUCAAGAUGUCCGCGGAAAAUGUAUAUAUCUUCAAGGCUUCUGGCCGCUUAAACCUGUUUUUCGGUGUACACAUCCUCAUUGCCCAGACAUUCAACGACUUAUACCGUGUCGGUGUAUCGCGACUGGUAUUUCCGAAUACUGCGACUAAAUGGAUCCGGGAAAAUGCGCCAGACGAAUUCCUCAAACUCUGCCAUCGCACCUGUAUCAGCAAGGCCUUCUAUAUCGGAACCCUCCUCAAAGACCUCUGGAACUGCCACAGGCUGAGCAUCAUUGACCUUCCAUAUGCGGUGCAUGCACAGAUAUGUAGCAGCGUCUUGGUCACCAGUCUUUCCUCAUGGGGAGAACCCGAUCCCCCGCUACCACACCUAUCCCAAAACGACUACAAGAGCGUAUUGCAAACCAACGUCAAGAUCCUUAAAUACCUGCAACGGUACAUCAAAGCCGACCUGUACUACGAAUCCGCCAACCAGGCACUGAGACUCUUCAACACACGCUUCUCACACGAAACGCCAGAGCGCAGAGCACCUGGUUCGCUGGUCGAAACCAGCCCCAUGGAUGGCACUGAUUACAGUAGGCCUUCGCAGUUUUCUCUGGAGUAUAUCUUGAAUCCCCUGGGUACCUACCCCAUGGCGCGUCAGCAGGUCCAUCAUUCUGACCACGCGCAUGUGCGUGAUGGGAUAGCGGACCAGCCAUCGUCCUCGCAGUCAGAUAUUGGAGCCUUCUGCCCGUCCGCUGGAGAUAAUCCGCCGAGUAUGGAUGGGCUCUCGGGUGUUCAUGAUAACUCCUUUUUCAGCCAGUUUCCCGACUGGGCUUCAGAUAUUCCGAUGAUGAGUGAUAUGGGAUAUCCUACGUUUCUGGAUCAAUAUUCCGUUAGUAUUGGGGAUCCUACUCUGAUGAUCUGA